AUGUUAGCUCGUCAUGUCAGGCCGGAAGACGCGGUUGGUGACAAGGCAGCCCCACUUCACUCAAAUAGAGUUGUUUCUACAGCCAAUGGGAUAAUGUCCCACUUCGUCAACUUGGAGAUCGUGGUUCCUGAAGCCUUCAUCGUUGGUGCCGCCGAUUACCACGUUGUCCUCGGUGGAACCAUCAACUUAGUCUGUGUCAUCGAAAAGGUGAGCUAUAAUUGA